CAGAGUAGCUUGCUAUAGGAGAGAACAAGAACAUACACAGCCGAAGCACAUAAAGGUUUCAACAAUGGCGUGGAGGGGACAGCUUUCUCGAAAUCUCAAGGAGCUCCGCAUCUUAUUCUCUCCUAAUUCGUCUUCCAGCUCUUCCACUAGAGCCUUCAUUGAGAAUAAUUACAAGGAUCUGAAGACAAAAAACCCUAAGCUCCCGAUUUUGAUCCGCGAGGCCACUGGCAUCGAGCCUCAGCUAUGGGCGAGAUAUGGAUUUGGCGUUGAGAGGGGAAUACACUUGGAAGGUUUGAGCGAGGAACAGAUUUCUAAGGCUCUUGAGGACCUUAAUAAAGCAGGGGCAGGCCUUAAAAGCUGAGACAGCUGCUCAUUGGAUCCCUAGACAAAUAAUAUGUCAGCCAAAGUUUGUGGAGGUUGAUUCUCUAUUUUGAUUUAUAACUGUUGCUUCAGUUGAUCAGGUAGUUGUUUGUCAUUUAUAAAAUGCUCUUUGCAACAAACGCUACUUGUUUGUUGUAGCCUAGCCUUUUAUGGGACAUUCUACUUGCAUAAAUCUUUGUCUCAGUGGCCAAGUAUUCCUAAUGUUUCACUUCCUGCCCAAAACUCUUUUUUCAUUGUUAUUGUCUAUUAUUGAUGAUGGGAGAAGACUUGUGUGUUCUGCUUGGUUUUGAGAUUGAACAUAUCUACGUCUUCAGCUUUAUGCUCGUUCUAUGAAGUGAAAUGAAAUGAAAAUGUAUUAA